GGCGGCGGCGGCGAUGGCGGCGGGGGGAGCGCGUCCCGGUGUGGUGCUGGGCGCCAUGGAGGUGGGACGGCGCGCCGGGCCCGAGGCCAGCGCCGCGCUGCUCCGCGCCUUCCUGCGGCGGGGAUACCGUCUCCUCGACACCGCUUACAUGUACGCGGGUGGCGAGUCCGAGCGCAUCCUGGGCACGCUGCUGGCUGGCGGCACGGAGCCCGUGGAAGUUGCCACCAAGGCCAAUCCCUGGGAUGGGAAGACGCUGAAGCCCGAGAGUGUGAGAUCACAGCUGGACACGUCCCUAGAGAGGCUGAAGAGGGCGAGUGUGGAGCUCUUCUACCUCCAUGCUCCUGACCACGGGACCCCGGUGGAGGAGACGCUGCGUGCCUGCAAUGAGCUGCACAAAGAAGGAAAGUUUAAAGAACUCGGUCUAUCAAACUACGCAGCGUGGGAGGUCGCAGAAAUCUGCACCAUCUGCAAAUACAACAACUGGGUGAUGCCAACUGUGUACCAGGGUAUGUACAAUGCCACCACUCGCCAAGUGGAAGCCGAGCUGUUCCCUUGCCUGAGAUACUAUGGACUGCGGUUCUACGCCUACAAUCCGCUUGCAGGGGGGUUGUUGACCGGCAAGUACAAGUAUGAGGACAAAGACACACGCCAGCCCACUGGAAGAUUUUUUGGGAAUGACUGGGCUCAAGCCUACAGGGACAGGUACUGGAAAAAACACAAUUUUGAAGGAAUUGCCCUAGUAGAAAGAGCUCUGAGAGAUGCUUACGGCUCCAGUGCACCGAGCCUGACCUCUGCUGCUUUGCGUUGGUUGUACAAUCACUCGAAACUGCAGGGUUCUCUUGGAGAUGCAGUGAUCAUUGGGAUGUCCAACUUGGAGCAGCUAGAGCAGAACCUUGACUACAGUGAAGAGGGUCCCCUGCUCCCACCGGUCGUGGAGGCGUUUGAUGAAGCCUGGAACCUGACUGCGCAUGACUGCCCCAACUAUUUCCGCUAGACUAGGGUAGGGAGAAGAAAGUGGGUUUUGUGGGGGUGGAUAAUCGAGCACAAGUCUCUUGAAGCACGGGGGAGGUACUUAACCCACCCUCCCCCUUUGAUCAACGUGCAAAGGGGUUGAGAUUUUUUUUUUCCCUGUAUUAACAAAGCUUUGUAGGAUCCACUACCGCUGUCAGCGCUUGUUGUGUUGGGCCAUGCCUUAUUCUUUCUCCCCUCAUGGGCCUUCAGCUCUGCACAGCAGCCGCUGUGAUUUAGAGAUGCAGUUGAUUGGGGAAAAUGGACACAUAAUUGGGUGAAGGCCAAACGGUUCUGCUUUAAUACAGUAUCUUCAAUAAUUAGGUACAAGAAUAAAGCCUCUUUCUAACA